CGCUUUUCGCAACGUUUUCAACCACAGCCCAAGCGUCAGCAACAAAGCAGCAGCAAAAAACCGCACACUGUUCCCGUUACACCACAACGUUCAACUACACGAUCGACAACGGUGCGACAAACCAGAACACGGACAACAACGGUUUCAAGUCCAAGAACAAUAGCGACCACCGUAAGACCGCGGAUUUUCCCGCAACAACGACAACAACCGACUUAUACUCGGAUCAGGCCAACUGUAACCAGUACAAGCAACUUCUACAGACGACCAUCAUCGACCGAUUUCCUGGUCGAUACGUCGUCAAUCAUCAGUAGCAGCAGCAGCACUCAGCAGCAGCAGCAACAAGAACGGCCAUUCCCGAAGUUGUUUUAA